CCAUGGAAGCGGCGCCCGGCGUGAGCGCGCUGCGCCGCGCCGGCAACGAGGAGUUCCGCCGCGGGCAGUACGGGCCGGCCGCCGCGCUCUACGGCCGCGCGCUGGCGCUGCUGGAGGCCGCAGGGGAGGCCGCCGCCGCGGAGAGGAGCGUGCUGCUCUCCAACCGCGCCGCCUGCCACCUCAAGGACGGCGCCUGCGGGCUCUGCGUGAGCGACUGCUCCCGUGCACUUGAACUGGUCCCUUUUGGAAUCAAACCCCUCCUCAGGCGGGCAGCAGCCUAUGAGGCUCUGGAGAGGUACCAGCUGGCCUAUGUGGACUACAAGACUGUGCUACAGAUCGACUGCACCAUACAGUCUGCACAUGAUGGUGUCAACAGAAUGACCAAAGCCCUGCUGGAGAAGGAUGGUGUGAACUGGCGUGAGAAGCUCCCUCCAAUCCCCACAGUCCCCAUUUCCGCCCAGACGAGAUGGAGCGUUCCUUCUGUAGGAGGUCCAGCCAGUCCUUGUGAAACUGCACCUCUGGGAAAACCAGACCACACUGCUGCUGGCACUGAAAGAGCUCAAACGCUGAGGGAAGAAGGAAAUGUACUUGUGAAGAAAGGAAACCAUAAAAAAGCAAUUGAGAAGUACAGCGAGAGUUUAAAGCUCAAACAGGAAUGUGCAACAUAUACCAACAGAGCUCUGUGUUACCUGACUCUGAAGCAAUACAAGGAAGCAGUACAGGACUGCACAGAAGCCCUGAGGUUAGAGCCUAAUAAUGUUAAGGCGUUCUACAGACGUGCUCAAGCCCUUAAAGAACUGAAGGAUUACAAGUCAAGUAUUGCUGAUAUCAACAGCUUGCUGAAAACUGAACCAAAGAACACAGCUGCACUGAGGCUACUACAAGAAUUGAGCAGAGCUUAGAGCAACCAAACAACAAGAAAAGCUUUGUUUUCUCCUGCAAACUAAGAGUUUUCCCCUCUGAUACUGUUAUAGGGACCAAUCUUGAUGCAGGAUCAGUACUGAAAUCUGUCCUCCACUGCUGCUGAGAUGUAACAGGUUCUGUGUCAGCAUGAUGAAUGUCAAGAUGCACAGUCUGUAUCACACUUGAUUAUUCCCUCCAAGAUUAUUCAGACUUUUAAUGCCCUCUCUGAGAGGCAUUAGAAGGUUAACUUACCUAGCUGAAGGGAUUUCCCCCUGAAGUCAACUUGCCUGUAAAGACUGGCUUCAGAGACUGUUCCCAUAUUGGCUGGGAUGCGUGUCUUGAAGAGCUACAAGCAGAGUUUUGUUAGUCCUUAUUCAGGUGACAGAAGGAAGCAAGAGCUAUAGUUUUCCUGAGUUUUUACUGCUUUCUAUUACUUAAAUAAGGUAGCUGAAGAACUGCUGCAGGAACACCAAUUGUAGUUGCCAUAGCACUAUGCACCAUUCUUAAUACAGAUUCCAGGCUACUUGCACAAUACCUAGCAUGUUCCUUCUCCAGUUGGUGCCUACAGGCCCUUACCUGAGCUUCUGCGACUUAGUGUGACUGGGCAGAAGUUUGCAGUAGCAGCUUUCCUUUAUUUUUAAUUAUCCUACACACUUCAAAAAAAAAAAAAAAAAAAAAAAGAGUUAAACCAGCCUUGUUACACUGUGCACUAUUUCUUUCAAAUUCUAGCUGCUUUGGAGUUUUACAGCAUUUUUGAAACUUGAGCUUGUCUGUGCCUUUUGGAUCAGUUGCUACUGAAGGUGUUAAAAAGAGGAGGGAAUGCAGUAAUAUCUCACCUAAGGCCUGGCUUAUUACUUUCAUGCAUGUUUAUACUGUUUGAGUUGUUUUUCCUUAUACGGUAUUGAUGGCACUGAUUUAAAAUGGUAGAUUAAGAGAUAUUUAGAGGUAUUUUAAGUACUGUUAAAACCAGUUUACAUUAAAGUCAUGUUUAUUUUCACUCUA